AACUUAUCAAUACUCGAGAAACUUUACGUGUUGUAGAGACAUGGAAUAUAGACAAUGAAUCAAAUUUAGAAGAUUCUGAUAAAAAUUCUCAAGAUAGUUAUACUCCCAAUACAGAUAUGAUAACAAUUUCAGAUUUAUCCAAAGCUAUAGAUGGUUAUUUAGAUAAUCCUAGAACAGACAAAAGGAUUUUACAGAAUCGAUAUAAUGUUAAGACAGAGCAAGAUUUACGUCAAACCGAUUUAAAUAAUGUCUUGAAUGAUCUUAAUUUGAUGACGAUGGCAUAUAACAAUGAAAGAAAUACACGUCAGCAAUAUUUUUUAGAAUUACAACAAUGUCGUAUCAAAAUAGAACAAGAAAAUCCAGAGGAAUAUUAUGAAAGAAUUUUACAUGUAUUCGAAUAUACAGAACCAGUUAUAGCUAGUGCUAAUGCUAAUAUUAAUAAUACAUUUGUUGAUGCAAACAAAUGUGAUGUUUUAAAAACUAAAAUGGCUGAAAAAUACACUCCAGUAUUAGCAAAUGAUCCCUAUACUACACUAAAUUCAGCUAUAGUUACUUUGACAACCUUUUUAGUAUGGUUAAAAGGAAAGUAUAGUACAGAAACAGUAGGAAGUAAACAGAUGGCAAAAAGAUUUUUAUCUCAAGAACAAUUCAAUUCAACUGAUACACCAGAUAUAUAUAGAAAAAGAAUAAGACCAUAUUUAACCUAUAUACCAUAUGCUGAUCUAUUACCAUAUAUUUAUGAUCAUUUGCCUAAAAAUAUUGAAGUUCGAAUGAGAAUAAAUCCACCAGCAGAUAUUAAUGCUUUUUUUAUUAGUUUUAUUACAAUUUAUCGUGAAUUAAAUCAAAAACAAGCUUUUCAGGUUAGACAAAAUAAAAAACAUCAGCAAAAUGACAAUAUUAUAUCACAACCUAUAGUUCCACAACCAGCUUCCUCUUCCCUUGAUAUGGAAAAAAGAUUUCAAGAUGAAUUAGCAAAACGAGAUGUCAAAUAUGAGGCUGAGAUGGAAAAAUUGAGAAAGGAAGUUCAAUCUUCCAAAGCGCAGAAAACACAGAUACCAGUUUUGCAAACCAUUGAACCGGUUAGACAGCUAAGAAGCUCCCUAUCAAAUUUAAAAAUAGAAGAAGAUUAUAAAAAUUAUUAUAUAGCGAAAUACUUUAACGAUUUAGGAAUAUAUAGUAAAGAUAAUUUAGAUUCAAAUUAUCCUGAAAAACCUUUUCAAAGACCUCGUACACAGCAAAAAGUUAACUCUACUAGAUUAGAGGAGAAAGUAGAUGAAAUUGUGAAUAUUGUUUCAGCUAAUGAGGGUGGAUAUGAUGAAGAAAAAGAUAUAUG